UGAUCUAUAUUCUAUAAUUGGACCCCUUGGUGAAUACUAGUAAUCGCGGAUACUGAGAGUUUGAAAGCGUGACUUCUUCCAUGGCCUUUCAAUUAGGAGCUUCUUCCUCCUCUUCAUCUCCUUCCAUCUUUCUAUGGAAUCAUGAUGUAUUCUUGAGCUUUAGAGGUAAAGAUGUUCGCCAUAAUUUUAUUGCUCAUCUAAAUCAUGCUUUGUGUCGAAGUGGAAUCAAGACUUAUAUAGACAACAAUCUUGAAAGAGGAGAGGAAAUUUCACCGGCACUUUUCAAAGUUAUUGAAGAGUCACAGAUUUCGAUCAUUGUACUCUCUAAAAACUAUGCAGAAUCUAGAUGGUGCUUAGAUGAGCUAUUGAAGAUUCUUGAUUGCAAGGAAGGAAUGCAACAAAUUCUUCUACCAAUUUUUUAUCAUGUGGAUCCAACAGAAGUACGGCAUCAAAAAGGGAUUUUUGGGGAAUCCUUUAAUAAACUUGGAGAUAAGCUCAAGGAUAAUGCAAAGAUGGAGAAAUGGAAGGACGCUUUGGAAACAGUCGCCAAUUUGUCUGAUUUCCCAUUAGUGUGCUUCCGGGAUGAUGAAUCAGAAUUUAUCCAAAAAAUCAUUAUGUGGGUGAACCAAAAAAUAGUAAAGCGAAUGCCUUUAAACGUUGCCAAGCAUCCAAUUGGGAUAGAAUCUCGUAUACGAGGCAUUUAUCAGCGUUUAAGUAUCGAAAGGAAUGAUAUUAUACGCGUGGUAGGGAUAUUCGGAACCGGUGGAAUUGGUAAGACAACUAUUGCAAACGAUAUUUAUAAUCAGAUUUCUUCUCAAUUUGAAGGAAGCUGUUUCUUGAGAAAUAUUAGAGAAACUUCAAAACAAGGAGGAGGUUUGAUUCAGCUACAAAAUACACUUCUUUCGGAGAUCUUAGGAACAAAAUUGGAUAUUAAUGAUGUCGAUAGAGGAGUCAAUGUAAUUAGGGAUAGACUUCAAUCUAAAAAGAUUCUACUAAUUUUUGAUGAUGUGGAUAAAAUGGUCCAACUAGAAAAAUUAGUUGGAGAUCUUGCUUGGUUUGGUUCAGGAAGUAGAGUUAUCAUAACAACAAGAGAUCAACAUUUAUUGGAUAACUCUAAAGUUGAUUCAAAAUACAAGGUGAGGGCUUUGGAUGACACUGAAGCUCUUCAACUCUUUAGCUUGUAUACUUUUGAGGAAAAGGAACCGUUGAAGGAUUAUGUGGACCUCUCUAAACAAGUAACAAAAUAUGCUCAAGGUCUUCCACUAGCUUUAACAGUGCUAGGUUUGGAUCUAAAAGGUCGAAAUAUAGAUCAAUGGAAAGGUGCAUUGGAUAAGUAUAGAAAAGUUCUCCACCAAGAAAUUCAGAGCGUACUUCAAAUAAGUUAUGAUAGUUUGGAAGAUAAUGAGAAAGACAUGUUCCUUGAUAUUGCAUUUUUCUUCAAAGGAGAACCUUUGGCAAAGGUCAUGGAAAUAUUUGAUAGUUGCGGUUUUUUUCCAGCUCAUGGUAUCCAGAGGCUUAUAGACAAGUGUCUUAUUACUAUUGAACGGAGGAGUGAUGAAUGUGUUUUUAUGCAUGACUUGCUACAAGAUAUGGGUCGAGAAAUUGAACGAGUAAAAUCAUCCAAAGAUCCUAGCAAACGCAGCAGAUUGUGGUUUCACAAGGAUGUUCGUGAAGUGUUGGAAGAAGAUACGGGGCCAAACGAAAUUGAAGGCAUAGUAAUAGAUUUACCUGAAGGUGAUGAGGAGAUAAGCUUGCAUCCAGAAGCAUUUCGACAUAUGAAAAGACUUAGAGUCUUUAUAAAUCGUAAUGCACGUUUUUCUUGUGCACCCAAUUAUCUCCCUGACAAGUUAAGAGUCCUUGAUUGGUAUAACUAUCCUUCACCAUAUUUGCCACUUGAUUUUCAAGGGAAGAAACUCAUUGUCUUUAGAAUGCAUAAUAGCAUCAUCAACAAGGAAUUAGGGGAAAGAUUCAAGCUCAAGAAUUUGACAUUCAUGGCUUUCGAGUCUUGUAGUCACUUAACAGAAAUUCCGGAUCUUUCAAGCACCCCUAAUUUGAAGGAAUUGACUGUCAGGUAUUGUAACAAUGUAGUUAAGGUGCAUGAUUCCGUUGGAUAUUUGGAAUAUCUUUCUAAGUUGGAUUUUAAGGAAUGCUCUAAACUCGAAUUUCUUCCAAGAAGCCUUAAGUUGAGAUCUUUAAGGGAGUUUAAUCUUGCAUUCUGCUCAAGCCUUUGUGUUCUUCCUGAAAUCGAGUGUAAAAUGGAGUCUAUAGAUUUAUUGGGUCUAUCUGGCACUGCAGUAGAAGAACUACCUUUAUCCUUCGGGAACCUUGUUGGACUUCAGUAUUUAUAUCUAUGGGAUUGCAAAAACCUUAUGCGUCUCCCAAUUGCUUUGAUCCAGUUGCAAUAUUUACACUUUCUUGGUAUUGGUGGUUGUACAAAUAUUGUAAAGAAGAUGCGGGAUGAUGGACAAUUCCUUGAUUUGCCUAAUGAUUCUACAACAAUGGAAGACGAGAUAUCAAAUUCAAGAAAUGGGAGCAAUGUAUUACAAGUAUCGAAUCUUCAAAUUAGUUGUACCCAUUCAGAAUCAAAUUUCUUUCCAUUAUAUAGUUUCUUUACCUUGUUUAAUUCCUCAACCAGCUUGACUGUCUUAAAUUUAACGGAGAUUGAUAUUGUUAGCCUUCCCACGAACGUCAAAGAAUUUAUUACACUAACUGCUCUUAUCUUGAGAAAUUGUCAUAAACUCGAAGUAAUAGUAGAGCUUCCUCCAAAUAUAAGAGACGUAAAUGUCAUGGGAUGCGAGUCACUAGAGAGAUUUUCGGAAGUAUCAAAAAUGUUGGAAUUCAAACGAAGCCGCAUCAGAUCACUAGAAGAUAUUUCUAUGUUCCACUGCAGUAAAAUGCAUGAGAAUUUAUGCAAUGAUAAAGUGCAAAAUCCUUUAUGGUGGAAGGGACUCUAUCAUGAUUAUGAGAUGGAGAAGGAGCCUUAUGAUGAUGCCCGAUAUAGGGGAAUAGAUAUUGAGGGGCCACACUAUUUGGAGGAUAUUAGUGGAAUUGUCUUGUAUGUCGAACGCUUUUUCAAUUAUACUGGUAGCUUGAACAUAAUUCCUCCUCAUGUUAGGAUUUACGGUAAGGGCUCAAAUCGUGCAUGCAGAGUUCAAAAACAGGUACAAUCGGCCGUUAUUAUAGAUUGGAAGAACAAGGGAGCAACUGGACAUGAUAUAUGGGUGGGGUUCUCCAAUUUACAACGUUUUGAGCAAAAGGUUUUGGACAACUUGCAUGUCCAAUUUUUUUUCAGUGCUCAUUAUCGCCCAUCUAAUGUAGCUCGUCCAAUGCCAUUUUAUAUAAGUUGUAGCGCCAAGGUGGUAUACAAGAAAAAGAAAAAUGGAUGAAGCCAAUGUUCCAAACAGUCCUCAACAGCAAUAGACUUAAUGAUAACCCAAAUCAGGUGGAGAUGUACGAUGAUUCAAAGGACCCUGCCUUUUUUUAGCCAUUGCUUAUAGGAUUUAAUUCCCUUAUUUAAUUCCAGAUCAGGUGGAGACAUAUAGAUACAUAAAGUAAAGUGAGUCUUACAACACUUGAUUGCCAUAUAAAUUUAUUAGGACCUUUCAUAACACUACUGAACUUGUUUUGGCGUGUACACUCUUGCGAUGGCCUGAACAGAGCAUGUCAUAUCCAGGGAGGAGUCACUCUCUAGGAAGGUUAGUUUUGUCAGAGAAGAAGUUGGUGAAACAAGCAGACGAGGGCAGAUCAUUGAAAUUGAAGAGGUAGUGAGUUCCACGUCCAAGAUGAGGAAGAAAAUCUUGAGAAACUACAGGAAGCAGGGGCCAAUAUUACCCGAAAUUCAGCUGAGAAGACUACGCCAAAAAUACAAAAGGUUCCAGCCUUGCUGCGUGGACACAAAAAUUUCAAAAAGUACUUCGAGCCAAUAGGGGUAUCACUCGGUCCUAUCCAUCAUGGGAAGAAGGAAUACCAGGCAGCAGAGGACUUCAAGCUUGGAAUGGCAACCAAAUUCGUCGAGAAAAGCGGCAGGAUGAUUAUUUGCUUUGCUUUGGUGAUCCACAAAGAAUACCAAGGUUAGAAAAAUCACUUUCUUGUCCAUUCUUUUAGUUCAAGUUUAUACUUGGUUUCAUUUUUGAACCAGAAAGGAAUCUAUAGACACUGAAGUUUCAUAUGGGGUAGCGUUUAGUGAACAUGAAAGCACUUGUGCAGAAGUGGGAAGAAGCAACUCCAGUUUCAGCAUAUUUGCCAAAACCUGUCAGCUCCAUUCAACAUAUAUAGCAUUUCCAAGUUUGGCAUUUGCAGCCCAAGUGGUCUGCCGGCCCUUGUUGCUACUAUUUCUUUGGAAUCUUUGGAAUCUCAGGAGAAAAGAGGGAUUCUUAAACUUGGGGCAUCAAACUUCCAGAUUAGGUGGAGAGGACUAUGAUGAUCCAAAGGUAGAUUUGGAGUUAGAGCUUCGACUUGUUUGACAUGAAUAAGAAUCUUGAGUCUUGGAGGUUGGGAGUUCCUCGAAAAUUCCCAGUUCAAAUUCAUCAUGGAAUCUGGAGUUUAAACCAUUUGUGUGUUGCGCAAUUCUUUGUUACUUUUCUAGUCUUGUGUGUUGUGAGUAGUUAAUCUGGGUGGUAUUCAGCAGUUCUUGAUCAUCAAGAACGUUACAGAAUGACAUGUACGUGUAAAAGAGCUGAAUCUUAAGACCACCACACUACUGCCACUGUCAUCCAUCUCUCUCUCUCUCUCUCUCUCUCUCUCUGGUUAUUUAUAAGGUUGAACAAUUUGGAUCUAGCUGUCAAUUUUGCCAAAAGUAUGGGGAAUCUUCAUGCUAUUAAUUAGCUUAUAAGCUUUUCACUU